AUGGAGACUAUUGAGAUGCUCUUCUUGGUGCGCGGCGCUACAGCUGGCGUGAUCCUGAUGGAGUGGAACGUCACUGCUGCGUCGCAGGGGGCUGCGGCCAUGUGGGAUUCGCACUUCCGCGUCGGGCACCGAUCUCGAGCUGAGCAAGAUUGGGUGGCGGAUUACGACAACGAGAAGUCUAUCUAUAACCAGCCUAACUGCAGCUCGACGCAGAUCUUCAUCGCCCGCAUUGUACUCUUCGAGUCAAGGGGGCCGUUGUGGUCAUAUGGCGGCGGCUCUUACUACGCCGUAGGUCUGCGGUUGCCUGUGUCACGUAGUGGCAAGAUCUUCUAG